CUCCUCCUCUCUCUCUCUCUCUCAUCCUCCGGCCACCGUGGAAAUCCUCCUCCGACGCCGUUUUCUCUAUCUUAACAUCCAUCUGUUUGUUUCGCGGGAAAACUCCUGAGCUGCCAAAUCUUCCCAUCCGUUCCCGCGGUUCUGGACAUCUGUCUUUGAGAAUCAAAUUCUCUCGCCGUCGGCUAACAGGCGGUGAGGAUGUCGACUCCCGCAAGGAAGAGACUGAUGAGGGAUUUCAAGAGGUUGCAACAGGAUCCUCCUGCUGGUAUAAGCGGUGCCCCUCAAGACAACAAUAUUAUGCUUUGGAAUGCUGUUAUAUUUGGGCCUGAUGACACCCCAUGGGAUGGAGGUACGUUUAAGUUGACACUCCAAUUCACAGAGGACUAUCCAAAUAAGCCGCCAACUGUGCGUUUCGUUUCUCGAAUGUUUCAUCCAAAUAUUUAUGCAGAUGGAAGCAUUUGUUUGGACAUCCUACAGAAUCAGUGGAGCCCUAUCUAUGAUGUAGCAGCUAUACUUACCUCCAUUCAGAACAAGAAUUCUAAAAGCAUGUGGACAAUCAAGUGCUUCUUGUUGCACCUCUCUCGGAUCUUGGCUACCGCUUCAUGUUGCAUAAAUCUUUGCUGUGUGAUCCAAACCCAAACUCUCCAGCAAAUUCAGAAGCUGCACGGAUGUUUAGCGAGAACAAGCGCGAAUACAAUAGGAGAGUCCGCGAGAUUGUUGAGCAGAGUUGGACUGCCGAUUAAAGAGUUAACUCCUGAUGGAGAGCUUUCGAAAAUCAGUUGAAUCAGGCCUCUGUUUAAAUAACUUUGAAACUUGAAAACCAUUUGUGUUGUGAAGAACUCAACUUUCUUAUCUUGUGAAAUAUUUUGCUUGGUCUUUUAUUCAGUGGCGUUUAGGCCUCGUAUAUCUAAUACGUUGGACCA